AUGAAACUGUAUGCGAAAUCCGUCGUGCUCGGGAGUUUACUGCUGGGACUCGCGCAUGGCAUAUCAGUCCAGGAAAACUAUACUAUAUGCAACUGGGCUCGAUUGAGGGCUGGAGUCGUCCGGGAUGCCCUGUACCUCGACGGUGGCUUGUUGUGGUGGCAAACGGCCUUUGCAGAUGGAACCGCGCCGGUCGUGAGCAGCGAUGGCAACGUCGAGGGCGACAUGUUCGUUUUGAACUUCUCGAGGCCGUUUGACACCACGACAACUAACGUGUCGGGCUUGUUUGAUCGCAUGUCGAAAGCAGGUGGCGCAGGAAACAACAUUGCGCCCAACUAUGUCGAUGGGACCAUGUUCACCAACGACGGGGAGUUGUAUCUUUACGGUGGUCUCCCCCGUCUCACCGAUUCUGCCUCUCCGCAAAGCGCCGAAACUGUCCUGGGAUAUGAAGCCUACCAGUACGGUCCGGAUCGAGCCAGCUGGAGUCCCGGCUUUUACCAGGGAACUCUGCCGGACGGCGUCACGAGAUACAUCACAAACGGCGCGGGAGUGUCUGCGCCCAGUGAGAACCUGGGGUUCUACUUCAGCGGCAUGCGGUCGCCGACCUGGGGCCCGAUAUACUACGAGGACUCGUCCGCCAAUGUGACGGCGGACACUCUGAUCGAGGUGGACAUGUCGGUCAUGAGGAGCGAGAAGUGGACAAACACCACGCUCCCGGACAACAUCCGGCCGCGCGCAAACGCCGAGCUGGUCUGGAUCCCCGUCUCCGAGAAAGGCGUCCUGGUCGCGAUCGGCGGCGUCUCUGCGCCCGAGGAGAUCUGGGCGUCGGGCUUGAACAGCUCGCAGACUUCGGAAAGUGAGGCGCAGAGUCCCGGCUUCAUGACGUCCUUGCCGGUCUACGACGUCGCCUCCAGCACCUGGUACCUGCAAAAGACCACCGGUCAGGCCCCGGGCCAGCUCACCGAGUUCUGCUCUGUCGUCGCAAUGGCCAAGGACUCGUCGUCGUUCAACGUCUACAUCUACGGUGGAUACGAUGGGUUGAACGCGGACGACGAACCCUCGGACGACGUCUGGAUCCUAUCGAUCCCAUCUUUCCAGUGGAUCAAAGCGUACAGCGGGAACAAGUCUCACGGCCGCUCGGGCCACCGUUGCGUCACUCCAUAUCCCGAUCAGAUGUUUGUCAUUGGCGGCGUCCACCAAAACCAAGCGAAUUGUGUCGAAGGCGGCAUCCUUCAGAUUUUCAACCUCAACAAUCUCGAGUUUCAGAACACCUACGAUCCCUCGACCUGGUCGGACUAUCAGGUGCCCGCCGCCAUCACCAAAGUGAUAGGGGGUAAUGCUCAAGGAGGCUCUACAAAGACGGCGGCCUGGUCGGACGGGGCCCUGGCUGGCGUCUUCGCGAAAUCGUAUUCGAGACAAAUCACAAACUACUACCCAUACCCCGUCAAUGGCUCCUCAGCGGGCUCGUCGGGCGGUGGACACUCGGGAGUCAGCAAAGGCGCCAUCAUUGGCAUCAGUGUCGCGGCUGCCGUGAUGUUCAUCCUCAUCCUCAUCCUCAUAUUCCUCCUGGUCCGGCGCCGUCGGAUCAUCAACAGUGGCUCUUCGGAGAAGUCUUCGCAUUCCAGCAAUAGCCGGAUCACACGAUGGUUGAACGGGGCUUCAUGCGCCGCAGGGAGUCCAAAACGCCCGCCACAUCAAUUCCGUCAAUCCUCCCAAAGCUCGCCACCAGAGGUGCAGCAAGUUGGGUAUACCUCUCUGUCCGAGGAAGCAACUCCCCCACUGCAACCAGAGCGCCAUGAAAUGGCCAACAACACAGAACGUCCCAAGCCGCCUUACGAACUGGCCACGCCGUACAACAAUCUCGGCCAUCCGCGUCACUCGGGGAUCGUCGACUACGCGUACAACGCCAAUUUCGGCCACACACACUCCAACUCGAACUCGCAAUCGACAUCUUCCGAUGAUGUCUACCGCCCAUCUCCGUUAAGCAACAGCUUCAACGGCAACGGCAACAACAACAACAACACCAACACCAACACCAACACCAACACCAACACCAACACCAACACCAACACCAACACCAACACCAACACCGCCGGCGCCACAUCAUCACCCCUCCGCAGUGUGCGCUUCCCUCCUCCAGGCGCCACGUCCGAGAUCUCCAGCCCUAGCCACGAGAACUCGAGCUCGUCCAACUACUCUUCGACGGGCACCAACGAGACGCUCGCGUGGCCAUUCCCGGCCACCCAAAACAACUGGCGUGGUGGCAACAGCAGCAGGGCGCGCAACACCAACGCAACGCGAUUCCCGUUCGACAGGGAGCGGAGCAGCGAGAGCAGUUCCGUCCAGCCGAUCAUCGAGGAGCAGGAGCCAAGUUCGCGCCGCCAGAGCGCCGCCCAUGAAUUGCCUGCUGACAGUGACAAAGAGGCGCAUUGGUCCCAGUAUCAGCACGGCAACGAGAGCUCGAGCAGCGGAAUAGGGACGUUGCCGAGUCCCACGCGGGCAGGGGAAGGAGGGUCCAUGCCCCAGGACGAGGAGCACAGGAGGAGUCUGUUCGAGACGAUAAGUCCUGCGAGUCCGACGGUGGGGAGAAGUGGGCGGCAUUGAACGACCGUAAGAAGUCACAGUAACGAUGAGAAACGAUACGGCAACCUUGGAAAGUAUCGCGGUUAUGAGCAAUGUACAGGAAAAAGGUAGCCUCUUGCGCUCCUGCUUGUAAUUGG